AUGUCGGAUGAUGAAAGGGAAGAGAAGGAGUUGGAUCUCUCCUCUCCUGAAGUUGUCACCAAAUACAAGAGCGCUGCUGAGAUCCUUAACAAGGCUUUGCAGUUAGUAUUGUCAAAAUGCAAACCAAAAGCUAAGAUAGUUGACCUAUGUGAGAAAGGCGAUUCAUUUAUCAGAGAUCAAACCGCCAAUAUGUACAAGAAUGUUAAGAAGAAGAUUGAAAGAGGUGUUGCAUUCCCGACCUGCAUUUCUGUAAAUAACACUGUGUGCCAUUUCUCUCCCCUGGCCAGUGACGAGACUCUGUUGGAAGGAGGAGACUUGUUGAAAAUUGAUAUGGGAUGCCAUAUAGAUGGGUUCAUCGCCGUAGUUGCACAUACUCAUGUGCUUCAGGAAGGGCCGGUGACUGGCAGAGCAGCUGAUGUUAUUGCUGCUGCUAAUACAGCUGCCGAAGUUGCUUUGAGGCUUGUCAGGCCAGGAAAAAAGAACAAAGAUGUAACGGAAGCUAUUCAAAAGGUUGCUGCUGCCUUUGACUGCAAAAUUGUUGAAGGUGUUCUUAGCCACCAGCUGAAACAGUUUGUGAUUGAUGGCAACAAGGUUGUACUCAGUGUCUCAAGUCCUGAUACAAGGGUUGAUGAUGCGGAAUUUGAGGAGAAUGAAGUUUACGCAAUUGAUAUUGUCACAAGUACAGGCGAAGGCAAGCCUAGGCUGUUGGAUGAGAAGCAAACUACUGUUUAUAAAAGAGCUGUUGACAAGAAUUAUCACUUGAAGAUGAAAGCAUCUAGGUUCAUUUUCAGUGAGAUAAGUCAGAAAUUUCCAAUCAUGCCAUUUGCAGCAAGGGCUUUGGAAGAGAAGCGGGCUCGGCUGGGACUAGUAGAAUGUGUUAAUCAUGACCUUUUGCAGCCGUAUCCUGUUCUUCAUGAGAAGCCUGGUGAUUAUGUGGCUCAUAUCAAAUUCACGGUUUUGCUAAUGCCUAAUGGGUCAGAUCGCAUCACAUCCCAUCCUCUGCAGGAGCUGCAACUGACUAAAUCUGUAGAUGACCCUGAGAUCAAAGCCUGGUUAGCCUUGGGAACAAAGUCAAAGAAGAAGGGUGGUGGUAAGAAGAAGAAAGGUAAGAAGGGCGAAAAAGCCGAGGAGUCGGUGGAAGCUGAGGCUAUGGACACAACAGCUAAUGGCGCAGCAUCCACAGAAUGA